UAGCAAAGUGGCAGCCACUGGCCUGCUCACCCAGAGCUUGGAACAGAGAGCUGAAGGGGGCCAUGUGACAUCCCUCCUGGACCCCUGGACACGCACAGGACCAGAGACCUCAGCCUUGGAGCAUGGCAAGUCCCAGGCACGCCAGGAGCCCUGGAUGGACAACACCCAUAGCCCAGUGCAUGGCAGGGACCAAGCCGAAAGCAUCAGCCCCUGGCCCAGACCUCCCACGUCCAGGACCUGAAGAGCACUUAGAUGCCCACGACAGCCAAAGCUCCAACUCCAGCAUGACCACACGGGAGCUGCAGGAGUACUGGCGGACCCAGAAACGCUGCUGGAAGCACGUCAAACUGCUCUUCGAGAUCGCUUCCGCCCGCAUCGAGGAGGGGACAGUCUCCAAGUUUGUGAUGUACCAAAUCGUCGUCAUCCAGACGGGGAGUUUUGACAGCGACAAAGCCAUCCUGGAACGGCGUUAUUCAGACUUCGAGAUGCUCCAGAAGAAACUCCUAAAGACCUUCCGGGAAGAGAUCGAAGAUGUCGUCUUCCCCAAAAAGCACCUGAUGGGGAACUUCACCCCGGAGAUGAUCUCCGAGCGCAAGCUGGCCCUCAAAGAGUACCUAGGUCUGCUCUACGCCAUCCGCUGCGUGCGUCGCUCGCGCGAGUUCAUCGACUUCCUCACGCGGCCCGAGCUGAAGGAGGCCUUCGGCUGCCUGCGCGCGGGGCAGUACACCAAGGCCCUAGACAUCCUGGUGCGCACGGUGCCGCUACAGGAGAAGCUGACGUCCCACUGCCCCGUGAUGGUGGUGCCGUCCCUGUGCGCCAUGCUGGUGUGCCACCGCGACCUGGAGUGCCCCGCCGAGGCCUUCGCCGCCGGGGAGAGGGCUCUGCAGUGCCUGCAGGCCCGGGAGGGCCACCGUUACUACGCCCCGCUGCUGGACGCCAUGGCCCGCCUGGCCUACGAGCUGGGCAAGGACUUUGUGUCCCUGCAGAAGAGACUGGAGGAGAACCAGCUCCGGAAGCCCGCCCCCCGGGGCUUCACCCUGAAGGAACUCACCGUCCAAGAGUAUCUGUACUGAGCCACUCCCCGGGGAAGCUGGAGAACUGGGGAUCACCAUGGCUCGUGGGCUUUUGGGGGUUGAUUCUGAGCGGAAAGAGCCACUUUGGGCUCUAGCUUGUGGGAUGACUUUGAACAAGCCCCUCCUCUGGUCCUCCAUUUCCCCAUCUAUGUUAAGCGGAGAUGCUUCCGGGCAUCCUUGGAAGCCUCUACUUGUGUCCUGUGUCCCCUUCAUGCCAGGCCCACUUCGUCUCAAAACCACAAACCCAGCCGCCAAAACACUGGAGAGUCAUAUCAACCUUACUGGGGUUUCUGUAGGUAGCUGGAGGAGAGGUUUAAACUGCACAUCACAGACAAAGCUUGAUCCAUUUCCUCAGAGACAUCUCUCUUUAGCUGCCCUGAGGCUUUCCUCUUUGUUCCUCCCCCUCAACCUUGCUGGUAAGUAUUCCCACCUAUCAUCCUAAGUAUUCUAGCUCUUCCCUGGUAGGCCCAACUCAGCAAGACAAAAGGUCACCUACUGCUCCUCAAAGCCAGCUUUGUCCCCAGGAUGAGCCAUACGUCAUCCUUUGAAGGGUGAGAGGAUCCUGGGCUAGAACCAGCAAUCAUUGCCUGGGGUUGGUUUCCAUUUGUAAGGCAACUGUCCCUUGAAUGGACUUUCUGGAUUACGUAGACAUAGCCCUGACAGGACCUCUGGGUAGAAGAGAUUGAAUGCUCGACGCCUCCCCAUCUGAAGGACAAUGGAUUGGGAUGCCCUUAACCGAAGUCUGCUGUCAGGCCCCCCAGGUGAAGUGGAUUCUGGGCCAGUGACCUGGGUUCAGCGCAGGGCAGGAGUUGAUGGUACAGGCUGGUUUGGACCCCAUAUGCCUAUCAGGCUAGUAGUCCCUGAAGAUCUAAACCAUGUGGCUGAGGUUAUUAUCAGGGUGAGGCUGUAACUUGGGAACCGUAACCUGGGGCGCCACACUGGCCUGAACCAAGAUCUAGCUCAGCGAAGAGCAGUGGGCAAGCAUUCACUGAACUACACCGAACAUAUUCAACAGCAACACCAUGUGGCAACACCUGGAGUGGCCCAACCAGGCUCCUUCCUGGAGGUUAGACACAGACUGACACCUUCAGAAAAAGAAAGUUUUCAAGUAUCUCAAUUUACUCCAGGAGAAGGACACUUUAAGUGGGAGAGAUUGGAUUUCUUGGAAAUCU